AUCGCAGAGGCUCCUCAGCGGAAACGACAACUUCCCGAGAGCUUCGGAGAGUUUCGCUACCGCGGGGUGAUCGGAGGACACCAGGGGCAGGCUCGCUCCCCGCUAAGUUUCGUUUGGCACGAAACGGCACUUGCUACUCGCGAGAAACGAAAGACACAAGCACAGGGGUGUGCGGUGAACCAACGUGCCGUGUUGUGGUUGGACCUCGCCGGCCUUUAUAUACACCCGAACUGUUGUAACAUCGUUAGUUUCUCUGAACUCUGCAAUAGAUCAACCGAUGCGGCCCCUCCGACUAAUAUGACUGAGCAUCCAUCCCACGAAGGAUGAGCCUGAAGACGAAGAAAAAAGCUCGAACGUCCUUCGGGGCAACGGCACCGCCUUUCAUUGACUACCUGAAAGAUAUUCUACGUCGAUAUCCAGAUGGUGGACAAAUUUUGAAGGAGCUGAUUCAAAAUGCAGAUGAUGCUCAAGCCACAGAAGUGGUUUUCAUCCAUGAUGAGAGAAGCUAUGGGACCAAGAGCCUUUGGACUGAUGAACUGGGAAAAUACCAAGGUCCUGCUCUCUAUGCCUACAACAAUGCUGCAUUCUCUGAUGAUGACUGGGAAGGAAUUCAGAUGGCAGGGAGGAGUGUCAAGCGCAAUGACCCAAACAAAGUUGGGAGGUUUGGAAUCGGCUUCAACUCUGUUUACCACACAACAGAUGUGCCAUGUAUAUUCAGUUCAGUUCACCUUGGCUUGAUGGACCCCCAAGAAAAAAUAUUUGGAGAAAGAAAUGGAGGUUUUCUGUGGUCUUUGGAUGAUGCAGAACACAGAGAAGCUCUGAUGACCAUGCAUGAUCAGUUCCAACCCUUUCGGGAUAUAGUUUCGCUUGUAAGCGGACAACAGUGGUCAAAAGUUGUCAUGGAGGAUCAGCACUUUGACGGGACAAUUUUCAGAUUCCCUUUGCGAAACAAGGCAUCAGAAAUUUCAGAUAAUCUAUAUAACUCUGAUAAGGUCGUUGAGCUUUUUGAUAGCUUCAUUGCAGAUGCAGACUUAAGUCUCCUGUUCCUCAAAAAUGUGACCUCUGUGUCAUUGAUAAAUAUUAACAUACAUGGAACUGUUAACACCAGACUUUUGGUGAAAUCCUCAGUCCCCACAGAUGUUGUUUUGAGGUCAGAAGACAAGCCAAUCACUGAGGGUUCGACCAGGUUCAAAGUGAUAACCCUCAACUCAGAUGUCCAUAAAGAAACAAAGUGGCUUGUGACAACAUGUACCAUGAAAGAGGGAAAUGUAGAAAAUCUUGAUUCACUCGCAAAAAAGUUGAGCUUUUUCCCUCAGGUUGACUUAGCAUUCCCUUGUGGUGAGAAGAGAGACUGUAGUGACAGUAGACUGAGCUGCUUUCUCCCCCUCCCAAACAAUGACUCCAACAAGACAGGACUCCCAGUUCAUGUCAAUGCGUGCUUUGGUCUCACAGACAACAGAAGACACAUCAAGUGGCAAGAGGAAGACCAGAAACAUGAUGAACAUGCUGUGUGGAAUGAACUGCUGAUGAAGGAGGUGCUCCCACAGGCAUACCUCAUGAUCAUUCAAGAUGCAAUCAAACUUGCCCAACAGUCUAUUCUCCCUGCCCCUUCUGUGUACGAUCUGUGGCCAGAUAUUGUCCAGAUACAGCACAAAGACAAAUGGUAUGCCAUUGCUCUGGAUGUUCUUCGUCACUUAUUCAAACAGAAUAUGGCUGUCCUCUCUCUUGCCAAAGAUGAAAGAAGGUUUAUCACUCCAUUAGAAGCUGUCUUCCCUUGUAAUGGUCCAACAAGCCCUGACAUAUUGGCCGCCAUUGAAAGGACUCUGGUUUCCUGUGGAGAAAACCUUGUCACGUUACCAGGUAGUGUUGCAAGAGCUAUAAAUGAGGUCUAUCCAUACCUCAACACCUUAAAACAUGUGACUCCAACAUUCUUAAGGGACAUUCUCCACAGGACUGGCGUGCAGAACAUCUCUAAAAACGACAGACUCUGUCUUUUAGAGUACAUUUUAAGUGAUGGAAAAUACAGAGAACUUAAGGGUCUUCAGCUGCUCCCACUCAGCGAUGGCUCUUUCAGAUCUUUCACAGACAGAGAGGAGGACACUGCUUUAAUUGACAGCAAUGAAUUUCCAAGAGCCUUGCUGCCAUGCUGCAAACACCUCUUUAUCCCAAAUGACCUCAGUCCAGCCUGCAUCGAACACCUGAAAGAACUGGCCAGAAAAGAUUUAUUCAAGGUCAUCAACAUUAAUGCAGACCAAGUGGCUGACUAUACAAAGAGGUAUUUGCCACAGGAAUGGAAGCAGACAAGAGCAGGGCUUUUUACCUGGAACCUCAGAAGCAGUCAACAUCCACCUUUAGACUGGCUCCAAGAAUUCUGGAAAUUUCUCAACACUCACUUCAAAGAGUUAAGUCGUUUCAAUGGAAUACCAUUAAUACCAAUCAGUCCCCUGUCUGUCAGUCAGGCUGUAUCAUUAGCACAACUACAACAGAACACAACCCUCAUUUUUCAGAAAAGCAAGCAGAUUAGCUUGCCAGAUCAAAUAGCUCAGUUGCUGAACAAAGCUGGUGGCACAGUGGUGAGAGGAAACAAGUGGCUCAAGCACGUAGACCUAGACUCCUAUGUGCUGUGCCCAUCUCCGAGGAGCGUCAUGAAAAUAUUGUUGAAUUUAGAUUAUCAGCAUCUCAUCAGAGAACUCAAGACGGCCCCUCAAAGAACACGAGAAGAACUGAAAGAUUAUCUCUCUCGUCUGGAUUCUCUCUCAAGGUGUGAGAAAGAUUUACUCUCAAAGUUACCUCUGUUUCAGACUAUGAAAGGAUUGUGUUCUGCAGCUCAAUCAAAACAGGCUUUGCUUCUAUCUUCUGGUCUAACAGUACCAACAGAGCUCCCUAUGCCUGAUUCAGUUGUGCAGUGUGCUACUGAGGCUGAUCGCAGACUGUUACAGCUGCUCAAAGUUAAUCUCUUGGACACAGCUGGAGCAGCCAAUCUCCUCAUUGACUGUAUUGAGAAGGGGUCUUGCAGCAAAGAAGACACUGAGAAAAUCAUGACUUGGAUUUUACAGCACGGUAAUAUACUUUUCGCUCAGAAUCCGACCUUGAAAUGCAGAUGUAAGGACUUAAGCUUCAUUGAAGUGAAUGGAGAGCUGAAAAAGGCCUCAAGCUUUUUUGAUCCAAGAAUUCAAACUUUAACAGUCAUUUUUGAGUCAGACUUUUUCCCCCCACAUCUAUACACUCACACUUCGCAGAUGCUUGAAAGCCUAACAGAUCUUGGAUUGCUAAAUAAAGAAGGAGAUGUGUCACCUCAGCAUUUGUUGCGUGCCGUCACUUUGAUUGACAAACUGCAUGUUGACUCUCAAACUGAAGCUCUCAAAAGAGCUCAGGUGCUCUUGAAAAUAAUUGAUGCUAAUAAUCUACUGUCAAAGUUUACGCAUGAGCAGCUUCAACGCCUAAAAAUGCUAAAAUGGGUCCCAUGUGAUAAUCCUGGAAACAAAAAAAAACAAUGCAAUGACAAAUCUCAGGAAAGUUGUGUCUUCUGCCCAGAUGAAAUAAGACAUUCUGUGUUCAAGGACAUUGUUGGGCAUGUAAUGCCUCUGGUGGGAAAGCUCAGUGACAGAGUUAGCGACCAACUUGGUUUCAAAUGCCAACCCCCACCUGAAAAAGUGAUAGAGAAUUUGUCAGUCUUGACAUCAAAAGCACAGGAAAUGGAUGAUCCUGAGACAGAUGUGGAUUUCAAAAGGGAGCUGCAUAGCAUUUACAGACACAUGCAAGACCACAUCUCUGACUUUGCAACAAUGAUAAACAGGGACACAUGCUGGGUGUGGAACAACAACCAGUUUGUUUCACCAAAGGAUCUGGUUCUUGACUACCCACACAAUCUAGACCUCAGCUCUUACAUUGACAAGGUGCCAAAUGAAUUUCGGUCAUACAAUAAGUUGCUUAGGAAUUUUGGCCUGAGAACAUGUCUUUCAGAUGAAGAAAUUGUUGGUAUUCUUCAAUCUAUCCAACAAACUACUGAAGGAAGGCAACAGCCAUUUGCAAGUUCCUCUGAGGUGAAAGUGUCAGUAGAAAUUCUUAACUGGCUGUGGAGAGAGAAGAAGACAGUUGAGGAUGACAUCCCAGUGCCAGUCAUCAUAGAGGGUGAGGAAUAUACGCUGAAACCACGGUCAACAGCAGUAUUCUGUGAUGUAAGUAAAAAUGGGUUGAAAGAGCUUACAUACAGCCAGGAGGAAAUUUAUGUAAUACAUGAGGAAAUCCCAAAAGCAACAGCUGAAUGGUUGAACAUUCGAUUUCUCAGUACCUGCAUCCUCGAUCCAGAGUUAGUGGGAAUAGAACAGUGUGGACAGUCUGAGCCAAUAACAACACGUAUUAAAAACAUUCUUAGAGAAUAUGAUGACGAAAGUGACAUCUUCAAAGAGCUCAUUCAAAAUGCAGAAGAUGCCGGGGCAAAGGCCUGUAAAUUCUUGGUGGAUUUCCGAGUACACAAAGAUGCCCCUGAAAGUCUUAUUGACCCUGAUAUGGCCCUGUGUCAAGGACCUUGUCUUUGGGCUUUUAAUAAUGAGCAGUUCACGACUGAGGACUGGGCAAAUAUUGUCAGAGUUGGCUCAGCCUCAAAAGAAAACAGGGUGGAAAAAAUUGGAAAGUUUGGACUUGGAUUCAAUACCGUGUAUCAUGUGACAGAUGUUCCCUCCAUCCUUAGUGGCAACAGUCUUCUCAUACUUGACCCGAAUGUAACUCACCUUAAAAAGCAUAUCAAACACAAAACAAAUCCUGGAAUCAAGCUUGAUCUCUCUCAGCAGCGACUUUUUCGUUGCUUUCCUGGUCAGUUUGGACCAUAUGAAUGCAUUUUUGAUUGUAAUUUCACCAGACAAAGUCCUCCUGAACCCUAUCCGGGUACUCUGAUCAAACUACCUUUCCGAACUGAAGAAGAGGCUCUCCAGUCAGAAAUAAGCACAAAUGUGUAUCACAAACACAAUAUAAUCACUUUUCAACAGCAUUUGACCAAGAAUUCACAAACUCACCUACUUUUUCUGAAGAACGUCAAUGCAUUAUCUCUACAAAGUAUCUCAAAGAAUGUAUCAACUCCGCCAAGAGAUAACGAAAUAGAAACCAUCUUCACUGUCUCCAAAACCGCUGUGAGUUCAAUGACGGUUCCUGAUGAAGCCAGUGUGUCAAAGCAGCGUGAAGUUCAGAAAUCACUGAUGAAACUUGAUGGAAAAUGCAAAGAGGUAAUUGACUGCUGCACAGUCAAUAUUGUCCAAAUCACCAGUCAGCAAUCUGGUCUAACUGAAGUCCAGUCCUGGCUCCUGUACAACUGCUUUGGGACACAUCAGUCGUUGAAAAUGGCCCUUCAAGAAAACAAGCAAGCCAAGUUCUCUUUGCCCAUCGGGGGUGUUGCUGUGCCUUUGCAAAAUGAUCCACAAACUGGGAAACCGGCCUCAUUACAAACAGAUCUUGUUGGACAGGCAUUUUGCUUCCUUCCUCUUCCCAUUCACACGGGUCUUCCAGUCAAUGUAAAUGGAACAUUUGCUGUGACGAGCAACCGAAAAGGCCUGUGGGAGAGUGGGCUGAAACAUGACUGGAACAAAGCUCUUCUUCAGGAUCCUGUAGUCACAGCAUAUGUUACUACACUCUUGGCACUAAAGAAAAUGUCUAAAAACAAGCAACUGCAAACUUACUGUUAUCACACCUUUUGGCCUGAUAGAGAGAAAGUGAGUGAAGUUUUCAAGCCUUUGGUGGAUGCAUUUUACUCUGCCAUUGCCAAGCAGUCCUUUGGCCCAGAGCUCUUUAGUGAUGGAGAACAAUGGUGCUCAAUGAACAGUGCCAUAUUUCUACAUGAAAGCAUUGAAGAGGAUAACGACAUCAGUGCGCUUGCAAUGCAGGUGUGCAAACAAUAUGCAAAACCACCCAACCUUAUUGUUCCUCUUCCACAUUGGCUGAGAAAUAGCUUCAAACAGGCAGGCCUAGAAAAGGUUUUACAGAACAGAACAUGGAACUGGGAGAAGUUUUACCAAGAAGCAGUUUUUAACAACCUCGGUACCAUGGACCCUAUGAGUAGAGAUACUCUUGUGCUGCAUGCUAUUGACCUUCACAUCAAAGAAAUUGACAGUCUACUGGUCUGCUAUCCAUGCAUCCCAACAAAAGGUGGACAGCUCCAGUAUAUCAAGAAACUUGUGAAUCCGUCAGGGAGAGGGGCCUGUCUUUUUGAACCAGAAGAGGGACGCUUGCUUGGUGGUACCAAAAAUGACUUUUGCUCCCACAAAAGGAUUCAGCGUUUGAGGGAACUUGGAAUGGCAAGUGAUCAUCUCAAUUUGGAGGACAUCACAGAGAAAGCAGGAACAAUCACCAAAACCUGGAGCACUGACAGAAAGAAAGCAUAUGAGAAGUUAAAAUGCCUUCUUGAACUUAUGAAACAUCACAUGAAUGAUAAGGACUCUCUCCACUGGAAAACACUGAGGAUGACUGAAUUUCUCCCAGCAUUUUCACCUGGAGAUACAAAAAUGGAGAGAAAUGUAACACUUAGAAGGCCCACUGAUGUUUUUAGUGACAAAUGCUCCCUAAUUGUUAACAUGACACAAUCUGUGCUGGAUCAUAAUGGUCUGAAAAUACAGAGCAAUGAUCCAGUCCUGCAAAUGUUGGGAGUUCAUGACAAUCCAAUGCCUGAGACAGUUCUCCAGCAGCUGCAAGAAUUAUGUAAGCAAUCUCAAUCCACUGACAGACCCAUGCUUCACAAAAUAGCAUAUGAAUGCUAUAAGUUUCUAAAUCACUGGCUCAGUGAUUGUGGGAAUUCCACUUUCAUUUCACAGAGGGCAAAUUCAUUCCCUUUCAUCCUUGUUGGCGGUACAUUUAUUAAUGUGAACUGUGUAGCUGAAAAUGAGCAAUUUGAAGCAAAACCCUACCUCCAUGUACUUCCAACCGUCUUUACAAGUUUUAGGAAGCUCUGGGAAAGUGUAGGUGUUGAAAAAAAAUUUACAAUCACUCAGUUUCUAAUUGUGCUCCAAGACUUGCACCGUCGACAUGGAAACAAGCCCCUGCCAAAGAGUGAUCUGUCAAUGUGCCUCACAAUUUUAGACAAAGGGAUAUAUGAGGCCAAAGAGAAAACAACAGGUGACUGCCUGAUACCCAAUGAACAUGGAGUUUUACAACCUGCAAAUGAGCUGUUUUACAAUGACAGCCCAUGGAUGCCAGUGGAUUCAGGUAUCACAUUAUGCCACGAGAAAAUCCCACGGGUUAUGGCUCGCCACUUUGGAAUCAAAACAACCAGGCAUCGUACUCUACAAAGCCACAUAGCUGAGAGCAUUUCACCAUUUGCUUUUCAGUUUGAACAGCAAGAGCAACUAACAGUUCGAAUUAAAAACAUUAUUUCAGCCUAUCCAUCAAAGAAGGAUAUCCUUAAAGAGUUAAUCCAAAAUGCUGAUGAUGCAGAGGCAACAGAAAUUCACUUUGUUUGGGACAAAAGACAGCAUGGCAAAGAAAAAACAUUUGGGAAGAAAUGGAACCCUCUGCAGGGUCCAGCACUGUGUGUGUUCAACAACAAAGUGUUUUCUGAUGCUGACCUGGUUGGCAUUCAACGGCUGGGAGAAGGAGGAAAACACAACUCUCCAGGGACAACAGGAAAAUACGGAGUUGGAUUCAACUCUGUUUACCAUGUGACUGACUGCCCCUCAAUCCUCACUGGAGAUAAAUUACUUUGCAUUUCAGAUCCCAAUCAAAAAUACAUUCAAAAUUAUUCAGACAAACCACCAGCUGGCAUUGGCUAUAAACUGGAUGACAUUUUCAAGAACAUGUACAUGGACGUCUACAAAUCCUUUCUUCCAGACAACUUUCCGCUUAAAGACGGCACUAUGUUCAGAUUACCUCUGAGGAUCGGUACCAUGGCAAACAGCUCUAAAAUAUCACAUCAGGGAGUCACUGACCAUGACAUGAAUGAACUGUGCUCUGCCCUCUCUGAAGAUCCUGAAGGACUAAUUCUGUUUCUGAAAAACAUCUGCAAAAUAAAAAUCCAUGAAAUCAAUGAGCAUUCAGGAAAACUCGAAACCGUCUUAGCGGUUGAAAAAAGUCUAUCAAAGACAAACAGAGAACAAAAAGAUGCUUUUGUAAAACUUAAACAAAAUGCACUAGAAUCUGACAAACCAAUAACUCCACACAGGGCCAUUUAUGGAACAAUGAUUUCAACCUCAGAUAAAAGACAAAGUAAAUGGAUCAUUGCAGAACAGUUUGGCUCAUUCAAAAACAGUGAUGGAAGAGAAAUAACAAUAUCAGACAAACUUCCCCAAGCAGCAAUAGCAGCACGCCUGAGCUCAAUGAGCUGUAUGGAUUUUAGUGGACAAACCUUUUGUUCACUUCCUUUGCCAGGGAAAACUGGACUACCAGUGCAUAUCAAUGCAAACUUUGAGGUAGACUCUUCCAGGAGAAGCCUUUGGAAAGAAGAUGGACAAAGUCUGAAAACUAAGUGGAAUGAAUCAUUGAAACAGAGUGUAAUUGCUCCACUAUAUGCAGAUCUCCUUCAUUGCAUCAGCCACAGUAUUGCAGAGAACAAAGUUUCUCCUUCACGAAUUGAGUUCUACUUCAGUAACUCGUACUUGUGUUUUUGGCCAACUGUGUCCAAAGAUGUUCAUCAGGAUUGGUAUGAAAUGAUACAUGAGGUAUACACAUCAAUCAAAGAAAGAGGCCUUAAUGUGAUUCCAGUGAUGAAGACAUCAACACGUAUAGUUGCUGGCAAAAAAUUUAAAGAAUACUCUUUUGACUGGUCUGACAUCAGAGAAACUGAAACAACGAAGGUACCUUACCUGACACAUUCAGAAAAUGAUAGCAUUAAUCCCAUUUUGGAAGAUCUUGGAAUGAAAUUGGUUCCUUUUUCCAGUGCAAUGCAAAAAGUUUGGAACAGUUUCAAAUCCGCUGGUGUUGAACUGAAAGAUGUGAAUCCUUCAACUGUGCGGACUUUCCUGAAAGAAAAACCUCUCAGAGACCCAACCCAAACAGAUGGGGAGUUACCCCUGCCCAUAACUGCCACUCUGAUCAGAGAUGAAAGAAGAUGUUCAAUGCUCUUGAGUUUCUGUUUAAAAGAUUUCUUCAUGAAAAAGGUCACCAAGGACAAUUCCAGUUCACUCGAUGGGCUUCCACUUCUUCUCACAAGAGAUAAGAUUUUGACAGUGUUUAACUCCAAAUCUUGCAAGAUGAUAUCAGAAUAUGAGAGUCUGUUCUCUGGCUACGAGGACCGAUUUGCAGAUUUUCAGAUCAACAAAGACCACCUGGAUGUUCUGCAAUCUUUUAACCUUGUCAAACGUCUGACAGUUCCCUGUGCAGUGGAAUAUCUAAAGCCGUUAAUUCGGCAGCUACUUCAGAGCUGUGAAGUUGAUCCACACAGUGGUCUUCAUGUCCCAAACAAGACAAUUUUGAAGUGGUUGAAUUCACUUUGGAAUUUCAUAGCAAGCCAAAUUAAACCUGCAACAUCUAGUGAUCAUGAGAAAAGUCUGACAUUAAGUGAUGUGAGGCAGCUCUUCAGUGACUGCUACAUUUUACCUGUUGUGUGUCCAAGGUUAAAAAACAAGCACUUUCUGCAAACAAUGAAAGACAUGCCAAGUGUGAUUCAGUUUGCCUUGGACAGGGACAUAUCAGGCAUCCUCUUCAAACUUGGUUUUAUGAGGCUCGACAGUGUAUUCUUCUAUGAGAAACAUGUAGCACGACAGCUACAUUUACUUCUACACACUGAACUUAUGGAUGUGAAUGAUAAAAGCUCUGUGUUGGACCAGGUUUAUAACAUUAAACACUCAGUUUUCUCCCAGCUUUCCACUGAUGAGAUGAGAGAACUUCAGAGCUUCCUGCAGUCUGGAGUAUCCAAGGCCAAAGACAAUCAAGAGUACCAGAGAAAGCUCAAGUCCUUACCAUUAUUUGAAACAAUAUGUGGUGAAAGAGUGAGGAUUGAUGGACCUAAAGAGGUAUUUAUCCUCAAUAGCACAUAUUCAAGGACAUUUCCAGAUCUGUUCAUCCUGCCCAACAGCAACAGCAUUUUCCUCAAAGACAACCUCGAGAACUGCGGUCUGUCACAAACACUGAAGAUUCAAAUCCUGGAUGAUAUGGAGUAUUUCAUGAAGUUCAUUUUGCCUGUUGUACACACACUCACAGAAAGACAGAUGCUUCACUGCUUCAAGCUCUUACUGUCACUGCAAAGUCAUUACAGUUAUCAUCAGUAUAGGAACAAAAUCAUCUCCUCAAUGAAGACCGUGAAAUUGAUUCGUAAUUCUCAAGGCAGAUUGGAGACAGCAUCAUACUACUUUGAUAAGAGUGUUGAGCUAUACAAGAAAAUGUUGCCCAAAGAGAGAUUUGUGCCUGAGAGAUUUUGGAGCGAGUUUGGUGAAGAAAAUCUACCAACAACAGAACAAUCAAAACAGCUGCUAAGAGAACUUGGAAUGAAUCAUGUUGUGUCAAAAGAUGAUAUAAUAAAGUUUGCAUACCAGUUAGAAUCAGAAGCAAAAGGAAACGGUCAACUUCAAGAGUUGAAAGAAAAAUCAUCGUUACUUUUCAAAACAGCCUUGAAAAAAGUGAGUAAUGAAGAAAACAAAGAGAGGAAAUUGUUGGAGAGGAUAGCCGACAUCAAGUUCAUUUUUCCUGUCACAAUUCGAGAAGAACUGUGCAACUAUCACCAACCGUUUGCCGCUGAGAGAACUGCUGUUCAAAUCAGAGGCUCUUUGAUGGAAAUUGAUCCCAAGCAUCAAGACUUCAUUUGGUCUUCAAUGCCAAUUAUACAUUUACCAGUUUAUCGGUCACAGAAGCUCCAGCAAAUGAUGAAAGAUGCAGGUGCUCAUGAACAACCACCUCCACAGUGUGUAACCAGCAACAUGAGCAACGUCUGUCAGUCACCCUGUAAAACUGACGAGUUGAUUGAAACCCGUGCUAAUGUGUUUCGAAGUUCCUAUGCCUACCUGCAAGCAAAAGGGUUUGAAGCACAGCCAUUGGAUGGUCUUCCUGUUGUGUUGGUUGAAAAAGACACAAAACUUGUGAGGACUGAUGAUACGUCUCUUUCACUCCCUGAUGACCUAGAGUUCAGACCAUAUUUGUACCAAAUUCCUCCACAGGAUGUCAUUUUCGCAGAUUUCUUCAAGAAAAUUGGUGUAAAGGAGAAACCUACUGCAUUGCAGUAUUGUAAUGUUCUAGCAGCAGUUUAUUCUGAUUCUUGUGACAAACUACAACUAAACCCAAACCAAAUGAAAACUGUGAAACGAGCUGUUGAGCAGUUGUUUCAGUUAAUCAAAGCUGAAGGAAACCAGUCCCUUGUUGAUGACGUAAAGACUUUGCAUCUCCCUGCAGUAGAUGGUCAAUUAUACACAUCAUGCACGCUGCAUUACAAUGACACAGUGUUUGAGACCAGGAGGUUAGAAGAGGCGCUGAAGAAUAAGUUCCUGUUGCUUGAGAAACUCAGUGAAUGUCAUUUGGGCAGUGACAUCUAUGAGCAUCAUCGGUUGCUGAAAUUGCUGCCUCCGAAACUUCAGCCUAAAAUGCUGUCUCAGUUCACUGAGGAGAAAGUAGUGGAAUUACACAUGCAGUUUUGUGAGCUUGAGACUGACUGUGAAUUUAGUGGAUGGUUUGAUAAACACCUGUCCUCAGUAGCGUUCAGACAUGGACUAAUAUGUCUUAUUAGAGAACAGUCUCAGGGAGAAAUAACACAAGAAGAUGCUGCUGACAUGUGUGAGAAGACUUUUGGCAGUAUUCAGAUUGUCUGCUGCAAAAACUUGGAAACAGAGCUUUGGCUGAAUAAACAGCCACUACACAAAACUGCCACAGAAGCUGAUGUUUUUGUCAAACGAGGGCAACAAGGUUGCACAUUUUACUUAAAACACAAUGAUGACAUGGUUCCUAAGGUGAUAAAUGAAGUCAAUAUGACAUUGACAAAGGAGAUUAAUGCUCUUUUAGGUCACAGAAUUGCAUCAAUUCACCUCCCUGUCCUCGGACAACUUCUCAUGUGUGACAGUCUGCAGGAUGUACAGAAAACUCUGGCUAAGAAUGAAAUCCAUGACAGUGCUGAAACUAAAAGCUUCCUUUUCAAACCACCAGCCCCUGGGACAGAUAUACCAGAGGAAUGGCACGAUUCCUUAGACAUGAACAUGCUCAAUAACUUUGAAGAGGGGGAAUAUGUUGGCUAUAGCACUAACAACAAUUAUAUUUAUGCAGUUAUUGUUGAAGAACUGCCUGGGAAAUCUGGACAAUAUUCUCGGAGAUACAAAGUAGAUAUUGGACAAAAUGAGCCAAUUGAAGUCAGUUGUCUUGACCUGUAUCAGUUUAAACGAGAAAAGAAGCCAAAACCUGAAAGGAGGACUCGCACAUCUGCUGGAGCUACAUGCAUGGAACUAGACAUUCUAGCUGGAGCUGUGCCACAUUCUUCCAAAUCAUCAACUACAAGUUCCUCAUCUACGAGAUCCUCACCAGCCUCUGUUGACGAAGCUAAAAUGGAAAUUGACAAAUGUUUGGCAGAGAUCUGGACUCUUCCUGAGGAGGAGAGGCAGAAAGCCAUCAAGCGACUGUACCUUAGAUGGCAUCCUGACAAAAAUCCUGACUGCGAGUUUCUCGCCACUGAGGCAUUCAAAUACUUGCAGAAUCGAAUCGAUGAGCUCAGCCAAGGCAAAGGCAAAACUGCAGGCUCGUCCUGUCCAAGGGGAAACUCCAAUUUCAGUGACUUUUACCAACAAUGGAAUCAGGAGGCCAGGCAUCACAGAAGUGGUAGAAAUAGAUUCUCUAGAGGCUCCCAUUCCUACAACUUUUGGACCCAUAAUGGAAAUGUCCCGAGGCCAAACAGAGAAGAGGCCCAGCGCUGGUGCAGACAGGCUCGCUGUGAUCUCAAUGCAGCAUACAAAGACACUGAUGGAGGGAGCACAGAAUGGUGUCUGUUCAAAGUCCAUCAAGCAGUGGAAAAGUCUCUGAUAGCUGCAGAGUAUAAAAGACAUGGUCAACAUCCAAGCAGCAGCUCCAUUUCAGUCCUAGCUGUGCAAGUUUCUCAAUACAACGUCCAACUGAGAGUUCUGCCUCAAAUUGUGCAAAGUCUGAAGACGCUGGGAGUGGACGCCAGAAAGACUCAGUAUCCCAAUUGCCAUCCAUAUCCCCACAUUCCAAACGGACAGUUCAAAUCAAGUAACGAAAUGCAGGCACUGAGUAAAGCAUCUGAGCUUCUCAGUAUAAUAGAGGCAUAUGUUAAUUAGGGAUACAAGACAAGCAGACACGUCAUGCUGGCAGAGUCAAUUUAAGAUUUUUUUUUUAAUGUUAAAAAUACCGUUAGCCAUAUGGAGAUAUUGAAACAUUACUAUAAACAAAACAACCAUAUCAUUUUUUUAACAGGACAAAUGUAAGCAUGAUAUUAUUGUUGUGAAAAUUCUGAAAUGAAACUUGAGCAAGUUUGUUUCAUAUAUGACUCAUUACUGAGGAUCAAUAUAAUCACCGCAUGAAUUGUUAUGAAAAUGUAAAUAUCAAAGCAUUUUGUGCUUUGUUGUUUAUUUAUGACUACUCACUGAGGACCAAUAUAAUCACCAUAAUACUUUGUUAUAAAAAUGCAAAUAUCUAAGAGUUUUUAGCAGGAACUGCUCAUUGAGGACAAAUAUUAUCAUUGUAUGACUGUUACGAAAGUGCAAAUUUAAUUUUUUUUUUCAAUUACGUAAACAUUUAUAACUACUCGCUGAGAACCAGUAUUAUCAUUGUAUGCCUGUAACGAAAGUGCUGAUAUCAUUUUUUUUUUUUUUCAAUUACGAAAACAUUUUUAACUACUCACUGAGGACCAAUAUAAUCACUGUAUGACUUUGUUAUAAAAAUGCAAAUAUCUAAGAGUUUUUAGCAAUUUUGUAAACACUUACAACUACUCAUUGAGGACAAAUAUUAUCAUUGUAUGACUGUUACAAAAGUGCAAAUAUCAUUUUUUUUUUCAAUUACGUAAACAUUUAUAACUACUCACUGAGAACCAGUAUUAUCAUUGUAUGACUGUAACGAACGUGCAAAUAUCAUUUUUUCAUUUUCAGUUACGUAAACAUUUAUAACUACUCACUGAGAACCAAUAUUAUCAUUGUAUGACUGUUGUGCUCUGUGCAAAUCUCAGUGGGUUUUUUCUUUCCAAGAUUGCAAACAUUUAUGACUACUCACGGAGGACCCGUAUAAUCACUAUACAACUUUGUUAUGAAAAUGCAAAUUUAAAAACGUCAGUGUAAUUUUGUCAUUAUUAAUUCAUUUUUGUUACUUUUACUACCUUUUACCUUUUGAAGUUAAAAAUUGAAAAUAAUGAUGUUCAAUAAAGGAUGAAACAGCUUUUCCUGUUUCCUGUUUUUAAAUACCAUACUAAAAGUGUGGCCAGGGGUAGACACUGUAUUACUGUGACUAGUGAGUUUGGAAUUAUUACUUCCUCUGUCCUUUUAUCGAUGACAGGAUGUAUUCAAGACUUCUUAAAGGAAAUCUAGUGUAAGAAUACUGUGAUAAUUGAGGCAUUUGAUAGUGAUGUGUUUGAUGUGACAUUUCAAAGUUUUAGACAGCAUGCGUGUAUAUCUUCUGCACCAUCUCUAGAUUCACUUGUUUUUUCAUUUCUCAAUGCUAUUUUUGAUUUUGUCAUAGUGAUCGUGUACAGUAUUCUUGCUCAGUAUACAGAAAAAGCCUAAUCCAUUGUUUCUUUUUUUUUUACAACCCACCUAUUGUUUUAGGGAGGUUUCACCACUAUUAA